CACUACUACAAUACUAUAAUAUACCUAGGUAAACUACCUAAGUCUGUCAAAAGACAAACUCCACAGUCUCCCAUCAUUGUCUAAAAAACACUCUUCUCAUUUCCUCAUGGACCAACCACAUUACACCUCUCUCAUUUUCUUCAUCCUUCUCUUCCUACCUUUAUCACUUCAACAGCAAAACUCAAAGCUCAGUAUCUCAGAUCUCAAUGCACUAAAAACCAUCAAAGCCUCACUCACAGACAUCCCUCGUUCCACAUUCUUCUCCUCCUGGGACUUCACCGCACCCAAUCCCUGCUCUUCAUUUUCUGGCCUCACUUGCUCUCUCAUUUCCUCUUCUCUCCGAGUCACCAUUCUCUCACUCGGCACUGGCCUCUCCGACUCACCUGGUCUUGCUGGGUCACUCUCUUUUGCCCUCUCUCAACUCACCGAAUUAACCCAACUCGUCCUCUUCCCAGGCCUAGUCACCGGUCCAAUCCCAUCCCAACUCGGCAAACUCACAAACCUCCGAGUCAUCUCCUUAACUAACAACCGCUUAACCGGUCCCAUACCCACCUCUCUCUCUUCCUUAACAAACCUCCACACCCUCGACCUGAGUUACAACCAACUCACUGGGUCAAUCCCACCGGGUCUCACUGAGUUAGCCCGACUCAAAGUCCUCAUUCUAGCCUCAAACUCUCUAUCCGGCGAGUUACCCACCGUGUCGACCCAGCUGUUACAUUUAGAUUUGAAAAGAAACAGACUCAACGGGAAACUUCCGUUACUACCGUUAUCCCUACGUUACUUGUCGGUUUCGGAGAAUACGAUGUGGGGCCCACUCAAUGCCUUGGAUUCACUCUCCGAGUUAGUGUACCUCGACUUAAGUAUGAACAAAUUCAGUGGGCCCAUCCCGACCUCACUCUUCAAUCCCACACUCUCUUCAUUACUAUUACAACGGAACAAUUUAUCUGGUGGGCUCCCACAAAGAGCGGACCCCACCAAAUCAUCAUCCUACGGUGAUGGUUCGAUCGUGGACUUGAGUCAUAACUUCUUAUCUGGGGAGAUAUCGACGGUUCUGGUUGGGGUGGAGAGCGUGUUCUUGAAUAACAACCGUCUGAUUGGUACAGUGCCUAAGGAGUACACUAAGAGCUUGUACCUUGGUACCACCAAGACCUUGUACUUGCAACACAAUUAUCUCACAGGGAUUAAUUUGGAGUAUAGAAUGAAGUUGCCGGAUACGACGUCGUUGUGCUUGCUGUAUAACUGCAUGGUCCCACCACCUGUUGGGGUUAGAGCGUGUCCAGCCAGUGCCGGAUCACAGAUCUCAAGGCCAGCGAGGCAGUGCUACAAAGUUUGAUUAACUGAUUGUGUUUGUUUUUAUGUUAAUUAUGGGGUCUGGCUUUGCGUCCAGUGUUCUUGUAACAUGACGAAAGCCCUACCCCGAUAAUUAAUUAUUAUAUAUACAUCUAUAUGUGUUAGUUAGUGUUACUAAUGUAUUCACAUGAAUUGUAAGAGAGUUGAAGGAAGGGAUAGAUGAUAGAUAUACAUUAUUUGUUCAGUAAUAAAAGAAGUAUUUUUUA